AUGGAGAUGGUGUGGCUGUACGUGGUGCUAAUCCCCGUGCAGCACGUCCUUGCCGUGACCUGGCUGUACCUGGCCAAGCAGCCUUCUCUGCGGGCGGUCCUCCGGGACCCCAGGGGCUGUGAGGGUCUGACGGGGCUGGUAGAAGAGCAGGUCCGUGUUUGCCGGCGGCAGGUGGAAGCCAUGGAUGCGGUGAAGCGAGGCGCGGAGCUGGCUGUCGAGGAGUGCCAGCACCAGUUUCACUCUCGCCGGUGGAACUGCUCCACACUGCAGGGGCUGCAGGUCUUUGGCAAGGUCGCCAUCCAAGGCACACGGGAGUCUGCUUUCAUCCACGCCAUCUCUGCCGCCGGCAUUGCCUUUGCUGUGACUCGUGCCUGCAGCCGUGGGGAGCUGGAGAAGUGUGGCUGUGACCGCAAGAUCCGAGGAGUCAGCCCCGAAGGUUUCCAAUGGUCGGGCUGCUCUGAUAACCUGUCUUACGGCAUUGCCUUUUCUCAAGCCUUCGUAGACAACCCUGAGAGGAGCCGUGGUGUCUCCUCCAGCCGAGCGCUCAUGAACCUGCACAACAAUGAGGCUGGGAGGAAGGCUCUCCUGGCCCACAUGAAGGUGGAGUGCAAGUGCCACGGUGUGUCGGGCUCCUGCGAGGUGCGCACAUGCUGGAAGGUCAUGCCUCCCUUCCGCGAGGUGGGCAACGUCCUCAAGGAAAAGUUCGAGGGGGCGACGGAGGUUCACCCCAAGCGGGUCGGUUCCCGCAAGCUCCUGGUACCCAAGAGCUCUCGCUUCAAGCCCUACACGGCUCACGACCUGGUCUACCUGUUGGCCAGCCCAGACUUCUGCGACCGGGACCCCCGGCAUGGGGUCUUUGGCACCUCCGGCCGCCAGUGCAACCGGACAUCCCCGGCCAUGGAUGGCUGUGAGCUCCUGUGCUGUGGCAGGGGCUUCCACACAGCCCAGGCGGAGGUGGUGGAGCGGUGCAGCUGCAAGUUUCACUGGUGCUGCUCCGUCAAGUGCAAGCAGUGCCGGCAUCUUGUGGAGGUGCACAGCUGCCGCUGA